AACACUGAUGUGGCACCCACUGCCACAUGACUGGUGGUACCUCUAAUUAGAUAGAUCCCAAGCAUUUUUCUUACUCAAAACCCUCUGCAGAAGCUUCCUCAUCGUGCAGCGCCCAACUACUCCCUUCAUGGACGCAUCGGACCGUUACCGCUUCGAGCCAAGCUUGCGGUGGAACCCUCAGGUCGAAGAAUACUUCAUCAAAGCAUACGGAGCUGACCAUUUCGCUCGCAUUUCCAAAUCCCUAACGUAUGCUCAAACCUUCUCUCAUCGCAUCUCAUAGUUUGUUCUGUUUUUAAACUGUGACACCUACAUUGAUUUGGGAUGCUUUUUGUAUUUUUGUUUUACUUAAGCUUUAAGCAUUUUACUACUAAGCUGAAGUUUAAAUUGUAAAAUUGGAAAUGGAAUUGGAGCUAUUUUAGUUCAAAAUUUGUAUUAAGAUAGCGUCGAAUGCCAAAUUGAAGUAAUGGGUUUUGUGAUCCAACAAUAAAAGGGUGUGCUUGGAAUUGGAAUUGGAUUUUGAAUUUUUGGAAUUUUUGGAAUUGGGGUUAUGCGGAAUCAGUAUAUUGCUCUUUGGUGUAACUUUUGAAAUUCAGCUGGAAUUAGUUUGUAGAUUUCAAAAACAUUGUUUAGAUGUCUGAAUAAAUCUUUUAGUAUUGAAUUGGUUUUGAUAAUAGUUUACCCACUUAGACAUUUUGAAGCUGGGUAAAAUAAUCCACCCUUUGGGUGUUUUGGGUUGUAUACUUUAUUAUACUUGUCAAUAUUUUGAGAUUUGAGCUAUAAGAGCAUCUCCAGAAGCCUCUCUAUUCCUCUAUUUUUGUUACUAUAGCUAGCUUGGAAGGGUAAAAGAUGGCUCCAGCAGACUCGCUCAAGCAUCGCUAAGAUGGUUGUGAGCUACAGUACCUCGCCAGGACAAGCGAGGUACUGUUCAUGCACCUUUUAAUUUUUUAUUUGUUUUUGGCUCCUGAAUUUUGUUUUUGGCAGUAAAAUUUUUUCCUUAUUUUGGCGCUAAAAGUUGUAUCAGUACCUCCCCAACAAAUCCAUAGAGAAAGCAUUCCAAAUCUCACAAACUCUCUUAUCCUCUCUAUCUUUUUCUCAAACUUUUUGCUCAAGGGAGGUAAUAAAUUUUGUCAUUUUUGUUUAUUUGUCUAUGUAUUUGUAUUGCACACCAUAUGUUUGUUGUAAUUUCUGUUAGAAUAUAGAUUGUAAAUUGUACCCAAUUAUGCUUUCUGUUUGUUUGUUUCAUAUGCUUUCAUAUAGAUUGUCAUUUUUGUUUGUUUCAUAUGCUUUCUGUUGACAUAAAUUCCAUAGACAGAACACUUUAAACAUAAAUUCUCUUAUGUUUGGUGCAAACAAGACAAAGGUAUGGAAAUUUAAGUGAACACAGAAAUUUGCUUCCAGAAAUCCCACAUUUACUAAUUGUCAUUGUGCAGUGUUGCAUUUUAAUCAUUCAUUAAAGCCAAAACAGCAUCUAUCAAAAUAAAAAUGUGCGAGGGGUAAAGACCGAGAUAUUUGCAGCAAGUUUUUCACUAAUCACAAUGGAAUUAAGACAUUAUACAAAUCUAUAACAUGGGCAUCCUUGUAGAAUACUGGUGGUCAUUGUAGAACAAAGUACUAGUCUCACCUGCAUCAUAACAUGUUGCCUCUUGCAAUCAAAGAACUAGGUCGAAUUUAUUAAGAUGAGAACAUCUCAAGGAACAUUCUCGUAUAUUCCUUGAACAUCCAUGCAAAAUACAGUCCUUUGAGAGGACCAAUUCAUAGUUCAACAAUUUGGACUACAAAACCAUGAACUUCAAAACUAACAUGUAUUUGAGAAGUCUCAUGCAUAAGAGGUCAUUCUAUGAUUAUAUUAUUUGAUGAUGAUAAACUUGGAUGAAGCACCAAAAGCAAAGAACAUAAAACAACAGAUUAUUAGAAACUACGCAUGCAACAAUCCAAUGUCAAGUGUGCCAGACCAUCAUAAAAUCCCAAAAAGUUUUUUUAACCAUAAUGAUUAUUUUCUCAUGAUAGGGUUCUCAAUAACAAGAGUAUUUCUUGCAGUAAGUGCAAUAAGUUGUACCAGACAGUAAUUGUUUCAACAUGUUGAAGACCCGCUAGGUGCACUGCAUACACAGAGUAUAUUAUUACAAAAAUAGCAAUCAAAUUAAGCUGCACCUAUCCCAAAAAAUAUCCUCCGUCAAGAAAAAAGCAUCAUGUUAUGAAAGAAGGCUCAUCUGAAGGAAUGAAGAUUUCCAGAGUAACUAGUGUAUCAGCUGCAAUUUCUUCUGAACUGCAGCUUAUGCCAUUACUUAAAUUUGAAAAAAUUGUCAGCUUAUUUCAUCACAAAAUUUCCUUAUAGAGGGUAUGAUCACUUUGAUUACUUCUUUUUAGAUUUAACUCUAGAACUCAAGUAUGAUAUAGAGUAUCAAAUUGUCCAAUUGGUCAUAGAAAGAAAAAAGGGGAAAAUUCUAACUAGCUUAGGCAACCCACUCUUAAAUAACACAUGGUUAAUAAUAAUAAUAAUAAUAAUAAUAAUAAUAAUAAUAAUAAUAAUAAUAAUAAUAACAAAAAACAAUUUCUAAUUUCUAUAUUUCCAUUAGCAUCAUCAUCACCAACUCUUAGCCACAAACUUUAGGCAAAACCCAAAAGCAAGCAAUUACCAAAUUAGUACUACCACCUUAGGAAAGACUGUUAGAUAAUGAAAACAGGGUACAAAAUAGAAAUGGAGAUGAAACUUCAAACAGAGGUGGUGAUUAGCCACAGGAUUAGUGAUGACACGUUUUCUUAUCAUUUCUACUUUAUCAGAAUUUUUGUUAAGUUUAAGAUUUUUUUUUUCCCUCAAUCUAUUUAUAAAUAAAAUGGGAAAUAGAGAUAACUUUUGUUUGAUACUCCUAGCACAUGUUGUAACUUGUAAUGACUUAGCAUGUUUCAUUGUGUUUUGGUGUGCUGAUAGGUUUUUGGUCAAUUCGAUGGAAACAUAAAUAAAUAAAUAAAUUCUUCUUUGCUCUACAUUGCUUUCUUAAUUCUUAUUCAUUAUUCAAUCAUAGGUAUGGAUUCACAACAACAUGGUUACUUUACCAAUCUUUUACAAGAAAGGCCCAACAUUGAUGAACAUUAUCUGAUGGAAUCUCAAUAUUUGAAUCAAAAUACUCAAGUAUUUGCCCAAGAGUCUCAAUUUACUGCUGAAAUUGAAUCUUCGUCAAAGAAACCACAACGUGGAGGAAACUUCACAAUAGCAGAAGACAAACUCCUUGUAUCGGCUUGGCUUAAUAUUAGUUUAGAUGCGGUACAUGGGAAUGAGCAAAAACGCUCUACCUAUUGGAAAAAAGUAUGGGAUUUUUUCCAUAAGCACAAGAAAUUUGAGUCUAAUCGAAAUGAAAAUUCUCUUAUGAAUCGAUGGUCAACCAUUCAGCUUGCCAUGAAUAAGUUUUGUGGGUGUUAUGCCCAAAUUGAAUCAUUGCAUCAAAGUGGCAUAAAUGAGGAUGACAAGAUUUGCAAGGCAAAAAUUAUGUACAAGGAACUCAAGAAAUCUACAUUCCAAUUCGAACACUGUUGGAUUAUGUUAAGGGAUCAACCAAAAUGGGUGGUAGAGUUUGAGAAGAAAAAACAACCAAAAGACCAAGAACAGGGACAACCUCUUCUCCUUGUACUCCGGAUUCGAUAAAUCUAGGGGAAGACGAUGUCUCACCUAAUGAUUUUGUAGACUUGCAGAGACCAACCGGUAGGAAGGUUGAAAAGGAACGAUUGAAUAAACGAAAGAACAAAGAAAGCAUACAUUCGAGUAUUACAAAAACUUUGAAGGACAUCAAGCAAGACAAAAAGAAAAUGAUUGACAAGAAAAUUGAAAUGAUUGACAAAGUGUACACUCAAAAAGAAGUGGAACUUCAUAUCAUGCAAGAAAAGCAUGAGGUGGAACUUGAAAAGCAUGAAAUGAAACUUUUCAAAGAGGACGAAAGAGUUAUUGUUGAUGGAUCUCAGUGGCUUGCCGGAAAUCCAACAAGAAUUUUAUCGUGCUCGGCAGAUGGAAAUCAUUAAGAAAAGAAGAAUGAAUUAGUAUUCAUUCUUUCUUUGCUCUAUAUAAUAUUUUGGCUUUUGUCUAGUAGGCUAGAAACUUGGUAUAUGAUAUUUUGGCUUUUGCUUUUGGUUCUGCUUUUGUCUAGGAUAGAUGUUGAACUCAGCAAUGUUUUGGUACACAAUGUUAGAUGUCUAAUCU